UCUGUGACCAUCUCUCCUUCUCAUUUGCCCCUGCCGCCAGAGCUCUUCAUCUCUUCGAUGGCGGCGGCAGUUUCAGUGGUGGUGGCGGUGGCUGUGAAGACAGUAGUGGCUCCGGAGUUGGGUUUUGAGCUGCGAGCAGAUCCGGCGGAUUCAAAGGCGGCAGUAGAGAUGAGACUUUCGCAUAUGAACAAUUCGACUGUAAUUUCUUUGAUUAAAAGCAUGAAUUAUUUAGCUUUGAGAACCAUCAAAGCUAAAGCCCUGAAAAACUCAGCUGUACUUUCUAUUUCUGGGAUCAAACUUGUCACGAGGUGGGCAAUUUAUAUAAUUGAAUAUGCUUGUGAAAGUUUGAAGCUAAAUCACCCCGAAACACAAGUGAGAAACGAGUCUACAGAAAACUUUUUAAAUCUAAUAAAAGAGUGGGAAAAGCUUUGCGACGAGUUUGUAUUUAAACCGCCAGAAAGUGCAGAAUCUGAUGAAGAAGCCGAUGAUGAAGAGCCAAAAAAUCAAUCUGACUCUGAAGAGUUUGAAAUGGAAAGGUUUCUUUCUGUUUGCUAUGACAAUCCCAAUGAAGCAAAGAAACCAGGAACCAGGACUGUACUUUAAAGUGCAAUGGAAGUGCUAUGAUUCUAGUUAUGAUACAUGGGAGCCAAUAGAGGGAGUAAGGAAAUGUUUUCAGCAGACAAGUCUGCCAUUUUCGCCUGGGCAAAUUCUGCAGUCCAGUUUUACACUGUCGUGUGUUUUCGGACGCGUUUGAGACACUGGAACGUCUCUAAAGGACUGAGAUGAGAUAGGAAUGAAAUUAGGAAAACUUAGACACUUGGAACAAUGAUUUGGACUAAUAGAAUUAUAGUCUAGCUAAUCCAAACUUUUUCAAAAUUACAAUUAUCCACACUUUUCCAAUCAAUAACUUUGGUAAGAGAGUCAUAUUCUGUUGUUGAAUGUUCUUGUGGAUGAGAGUCCUGUAAACACACCUUUGUCGAGUGGAGUCUUUCAAGUUUUGCUUACAUUAAUAUUUAGUUAAUGUCUGGUUAGACAUUUUAGAACUUUAUAUUUAGCCUUUUGCAGAUUGUUGUUUUGUUUAUGUUUUUCCUUUUUGGAAUGAACUUUGGAAAGAGAGUUAUAUUAUGUUUUUAUGUGUCUUGGAAAUAGUUGAUAUGUAUGGGUUAUGAACGUGUUUUGUAAGGAUAGUGUCUGAUAUUGCAUAUAAUGUGCUACUUUUACUUUAUUGCAACGUAAUAUCUAUCUUACCCUUGUUUACACUACACCACUCAGUUGAGGCUCUCUUCACUAAAAUUGGAAUUAAGAAUAACAUUUUCUUAGUUGUUGCCUCUUGUAAAGGUCUUGGGACUCAUCCUACACAAAUAAGGAAAGAUAGGUUGAAAACACAUUUUAUAUAGAUUUUUAUUUGUUGCAGUUAUGCAUUAGUAUACAUUAACAUGAUCUAAUUAUUACACUUUAU